AUGAAGGAACAAGCAAGGGAGUCAAAAACAAAAGAAAAUAUUCGCCACUUAACAGGAGGUGGGCUAUCAGUUAUGGGUAUGGAUCCCUUCGAUUCCAAAGUCAUGGAUAUAGAUAAAAAUAUACUUACUAACAUUGCUGUGGAUAUUGAUAGUGAUAUUGAUGAAGCAACAAUGAAAGUUACUCAAGAGGAAAAGGAAAUCAAAACUAUCAAAAAGAGUUACCAACAUUUGAAAAGUAAUAAAAUAAAUGUAUUAAAGUGUAAAAUAAUAGAAGAAGAAUUAGAAUUUAAGAAAAAAAUGCACGAGGAAGAGCAAAAGAUUAAAAUUUUAGAGAGAGAAUACAAAGAAAAUUUGUUUAAAAUUAAAUUGCAAAUAAAAUUAAAAGAAUUAGAGAAAUAUGAUAAAGAAUAA